AUGUCCUGGCCACCUUCACUUGAUACUUUGAAGAUAUCGGAUUCUCCUGUGAUUUCACGUGAUUUCUCACCCAGACCACCUUCACCAUCUCCUGCCGAUGGUGAAGUCGCUGAAUCGGAGAAAACAAACGGAACUUCCAGUCCAAAUGCCCCCACCACUGCGCAUCCCCCACCCGUGCUCGAUGGUCAAACAAAUGGAAAUUCACCCUCAUCACUUCCUCGUCCACCACCUCCACCAAACACCGUAUCAGCUCCUAUCGUCCCAGGUGCUUCGGCUGUGCCGAGGGCUCCUGCUGUUAGACCAGGAGUAGCUCGAGGUGGUAUGCCCAUGCCAAUGGGAAUGAGAGGUGCUGCAGGUAGAGGUGGUGGUCAAAUGCAAAGUAAAAUGUUACCUUCGUUACAAGCUAAGAUGGACAAGAUCGCGGCAUCCAGACAAGGUCCACCGGGAGGUCCGGGAACUCCAACAGGAGUAGGAGUAGAUCCAAAUGCCACGUCAAUGGGAGCAUUGUUGCGAUCUCAAGCUUUACGACCGCAACAGCAACAACAAACGCAAGCUCCUGCAGGACCCAAUUCCGGUCCAUUCGGUCUAGCAGCGAGAAGAGCUGCUGGUGGUGCUGGUCCACCAAGACCAAAUUUAGGUAUGAUGGGUAUGGGUGCUAGUUCCCCCGCUGGAUUAGGACGUGGGGCUGGAGUAGCAGGAAGAAGAAUGGGUCCACCAGGUGGAUUAACAUUGAGUGGAAUGAAAGGUGCCCCCAAAGAAGAAACUAGUAGUAAAUUCAGUGAUUUCAAGACGAUCAUGGACCCAUCUGGUUCAUUGAGAUUCUCAUCCAAAGCUGUUUUAACAGCUAAAGGUGUGGACUUCGAAGAUGGUGCUUCGUUCAAAAUCAACAUGGACGAGAUUGAAGUCAUAGGUGAAUUGGGUAAAGGAAAUUAUGGAUCUGUGCAUAAAGUCUAUCACAGACCUUCUGAAGUUGAGAUGGCUAUGAAGGAAAUUCGACUCGAGCUGGACGAAUCUAAAUUGAGUGGUAUCAUUAUGGAGCUUGACAUUCUACAUCGAGCAGUAGCACCUGAAAUCGUUGAAUUUUUCGGUGCUUUCACAAUCGAAUCAUGCGUUUACUACUGUAUGGAAUACAUGAACGCAGGUUCAUUAGACACAUUGACGGGUGGAGAUAGAGUUCCAGAAGCUGUUCUAAGGAGAAUAACAGCAAGUAUGGUAAGAGGUUUGAAAUAUCUCAAAGAUGAGUUGCAAAUCAUGCAUCGAGACGUCAAGCCAACAAACGUGUUGAUCAACAAAAAAGGAGAAAUCAAAUUGUGUGAUUUCGGUGUUUCUGGUCAACUCGAAAAGAGUUUAGCAAAGACCAAUAUCGGUUGUCAAAGUUACAUGGCUCCCGAGAGAAUCAAGUCCGAAACAGUCAACCAAAAUCCUACAUAUACCGUCUCGUCCGAUGUCUGGUCCGUCGGUUUAUCAAUAAUCGAACUUGCAAAAGGCUGCUAUCCUUAUCCACCUGAGACAUAUUCGAAUGUCUUUGCACAAUUACAAGCUAUCGUCAACGGGCCUGCACCCCUUCUACCACCUGGCUAUAGUGAAGAUGCUAUUGAUUUCGUUGCUAAAUGUCUUGAGAAAGAUCCCAACCGUCGACCUACAUAUGCGCAGUUACUCGAACACCCAUUCUUGGUAGCUGAUAAGGAAGCUGAAGUCGAUAUGGUAGGAUGGGUAGCUGCAGCUUUAGAUAGAAGAGCAGCAAGAGGUAUAAAUACAAUAAGUCCUAUACAACCAUAA